AUGACCAAUUUGCAAUGUCGGACGUCGGAAACUUUGGAGGUGGCACAAGAAGAAGAUGAGGUAUCCCGACAAAGUGAAGUAGAAAAAGAGGCAGAAGAAAAUCAUGUGAAAGGUGGCAAAGAUGAAGAUUUUAAGCAGACAGAGGACGAGUCAAACAAACAGUCGACAGUCAGAUCGACAAAACGUCCGUCUGCUUUAAGUGCUGUUAAGCAUCUAUUGAAGCUCUCAUUCGGAUGUUUGGCAGCAGUGGCGUGCGGCAUGCUGUAUGCCGCCUACCUGUCAAUGUUCCACGAGAGGAGGUUCUGGUUCUCCACGAGACCGGAACUGGAGCGUGAGCUGACUUUCCAAGGUGGCAGUGGCGUGUAUUAUUACUACUACAAACACAUGCUAGCGGCGACGUCUUUUGACAGAGCGUUCUACGAGCUGGCGACAGAUGACAGGACUCUUGCAGGACAAACUAUUAAUGCCGUGGAGCGGCUGUCCUUGUAUCCUGAACUCAUCACCAGCUAUAUUUACAGAGUCUCCGGUAGCCAGCAGGAUGUGGUGGAGCCCAUCUACUUCUAUGUGGGCUCCGUGUUGGCGCUUCAGGCGGUGUACGCCACGGCGCUGUUCACCUGCAGCUGGCUAAUGAGCGGCAGCUUGACUGCCGGCGUUCUUGCGGUAGCCUGGUACAUCGUCAGCAGACCGGACGCCACCAAAGUAGAGGAGGCGGUUCCUCUUCGGGAGAACUGGGCUCUGCCAUAUUACGCUUGUCAGGUGGCAGCUCUCACAGGCUUCCUGUGUGGUAAUAUUGGUUUGGUAGCAGAGAUGUUGUGCUAUCUGACCAUGAGCGCCACCACCUUCACUUUCCUGUUGCUAUGGGAGCACAGCCACUACGUGCUUUUCGUUCAAGCUUUCUGCCUCUUCCUCUUGGACUCCUUGGACCUGGUGCCACCUCGGAAGAUAUCCGACGUCCACAAGGUGUAUGUAAGCUCCUUGCUGCCGGCUUUCUUCUUUCAUUUUAACAAUGCGGCACUGUUGGGAUCACCGCUUCUCAGUCUUCUGAUUGGCUCUGGCCUGGCGAAGUACCUCCAGAUGAAGAAGGGCCCUCUGGUUGCCAGAGUGAUAAAACUCUUGCUGCAUUUCCAUCUGGUCUUCACCACAGCUAUCACCUUCAACUAUUUAAUCAAGAAAGUUGUUCCUGUGGGUGAUGGCGAAUUUAUAUUAAAGUUCCUGGAAGUGAAGUUUGGGCUCAACAUUACAACUGAUUUUGUGAGCAACUUCCUGGUGUGCCAAGAGAGCCUUCAGUCUCCCACUCAGGAUUUGUACCUGCGCCUUACUCAGGCAUCCGUGCUUCCGUUCUACCUGCUGGUGCUUGCUGUCUGCGUUCUGUCGACGCUGCAGGCCGUCUACACCAAACUCAGCGGUGAGUCAACGCAGAGCAGCAAGCGACAACCUAAAGAUGGCAAGGUGGGUGAGCGUCCCGAGGUGGUCUAUCAUGUCUUUCACACGCUGAUCUUCGGCGGACUGACGCUAAUAUUCGACGGGAUGAAGUAUUUAUGGACGCCGUAUGUGUGUGCAUUUGCGGCGUUUGGCGUGUGUUCGCCGGACUUCUGGAUGACUGUCUUUAGGUGGCUCAGGGUUAAGUCAAUCCACCCUGUUGUACAGUCAUUAAUCCUGGGCGUAGCUGUUCCAACAAUCAUCGGCUUCAGCGUGUGGCAGGAGUAUUGCCCUCGUGCCCUUGCCGAGCUGUUCGAGCUUCAGGGGUUCUACGAUCCCGACACAGUCGAGAUGAUUGGAUGGAUCCGGACUCAACUCCCUGCGGCAGCUGUGUUUGCAGGCAGUCCUCAGCUGUUGGGAGCGAUCAAGUUGGGCUCUGGUGCUGCCGUUACUAGUUUGCCACUGCAUUCGGAUGUUGACAUGCUGAGGAGGAGCGAGGAUUCAUACCAGGUAUACUCCAUGCGCUCGGCAGAGGAAGUCUACAAAAUCUUGACUUCCCGCAAGGCCAACUACGUCAUUGUUGAGGAGUCCUUAUGCAAUGAGCUGACCCCGGACCGGGGCUGCCGCAUCAAGGACCUACUGGACGUCGCCAAUGGACAUGUGGUUCGAGACCACGGUGAGACCUACGCUUUCUCCAAACACCGCCGCUUCUGCCAAGAGAUUAAGACCAACCGCUCGCCCUACACCAACUACUUUACCCGUGUCUUCUGGAACCGCUCCUACCACAUCUACAGAGUCAACAGCGUUAUCUCCUUCCAGUACUAA